AUGACAAAGCCAGAGUUAAUUCCACUAGUCGACGGCCAGCACCUUAAUUUGGCUUGUAUCAAAUUGUUAAAUCAGGAAUGGCCAAGAAGCGAUGGGUCGAGGGAGCAUUCACAAAAAAAGUCUUGUAGAGCUAGUCCGCCUAUGUCUUUGUUGUAUAUUUUGAAAAAUGAAGCUGGAGCUGAAGAGCUUGUGGGGCACGUACGGAUAUGCAAAUUACCUAAUAGGGAGAAAGCUUGUUGGGUCGAGUCGCUAAUUGUUAGUCAGGAAAAGAGAGGUACCGGCCUUGGAAGAGCAUUAAUGGACGACACCGAACUAUUCGUUCGAAGAUUUGGCUUUGAUGAGGUAUUCCUAUGUACCGAAGACAAACAAGGAUUUUAUGAGCGUUGCGGAUAUGUGGUUUGCGAACCAAUCCUUCAUUCGACAGCCGCCACAUCAGUUUUCCCGCUCAUUAACAAUUUGGCACUCGAAAAAAGC